CUAUAAAAAACCUUUGCUUCCAUAUCAUUAUCAUAGAUACCAAACUAGAUUCUUAUUAUAGUUUUCUAAAUCAAACCACAAUCGAUUCAUCUAUGGCAACCAUCAAUGUUCAAGCCCUAGCUGAACUCGGUCAAUCUAUCUUAGACGAGGGGAUUGUUGAUCCUUUUGUAUUUAAUGGUAUGGUAAAAACGGAAGACCAUUUGGGAAUAAGAUAUCUUGAUGUAAUGCUAGCAGAGUAUUGUAAGAAAGCUAAUAAGAUCUUAACUUUGGCAAAGACACAACUAGAAUCCCAGGCACCUCAAUACACAUUCAUUGACAACAUGCUUGAGAAGUUGGAAGCAGCUAGCCCAAGAGUUGCAGCAAAGAAAGUAAACAUGUCUAUUACACCUGUAAGACUAUGUUUAACCGGUGACCCUGAAGACCUAAAUGUCUGAAGAAGUAAGUGUAUCUCUUUGAUAGGAGUCCACCACAAAGGUCACAACCAGCAAGGCGAAGUUAAAGGCAAAAAGCAGAUGAAAAAGUUAUAUUCUAUUCCAUCUACUUUAAUUUGUUGUGUUUAAAUAAACUAAUAAAGCUUGU